AAGCCGUGAGGGGCCUGAGGGGAGACCGGGCCACCAUGUCGGGCCCUGAGGCGGCGGCGGCCAGGACGGGCCCGGAAGGGGUCGGGAAGGGCCCGCGAGCGGAGCCCUUGGGGCACCUGGAGCUGCUGGAGCACUGCGGGCGCUGCCGGGAGCGCCUCACCCCCCAGCGGGACCCGCGGCUCCUGCCCUGCCUGCACUCGGUGUGCGGGACCUGCCUCGGCGGAGAUGGAGCGGUGUUCGAGUGCCCCGUGUGCCACUACCAGUGUCCCCUGGGGGACAUCCUGGACAACUUCUUCCUGCAGGACAGUGGGGCUGGAGCCACCGCAGGGCCUGAGCCCCGCCAGAGCUGCAGCAGCUGCGAAGACAACGCGGCGGCCACGAGGUUCUGCGAUGACUGCGCCGAGCCCCUGUGUGACACCUGCGUGCAGGCCCAUCUCAGGGUCAGGUACACCCGGGGCCACUCCGUCAGGGACAUCGGCUCU